UUGGUGGUAAUGGCUCCAAGUCAGUGGCCAAUUGCCAUCAGAUGCCACAGAACAUGGACAAGGUUUCUGUGAGCAAACAUGAAAACCCAAGCUUGGGAAAGAGUGACGCUCGCUGUGGUGUGUGAUGGGUGAGAUGGGGGUUGGGGGGAGACUGGGCCAGGCUUGGGUGCAGGUAUCACCCAGCCACGUAGUAUAAGGCCCACGUUGUUUCUGUGCACGACCCUCUAGUCCCAUCCCUCUAGAGCAUGAGCAGUGCAGAAAGGGACCCAUGAGCUCACAGUCCAGAGGACAAAAGCAAUUCUAUUUCUCUUGCCUCACCUUGUGCCACAGCAACGUGUGUUUCUUCAAAGUCCUGGAACAGCGUAGUGCUAAAUGCAACCUUAACACAAGUCCCAGGAAAACAGACUGGUCCAUUCCAAGCCUGGGGUUUCAAGUCUUCAGGUCAUGGCUGUUAAACAGCAAGCAUAUUAUAUGGUUUGUACCAAACUUACUAUCCUUUCAUGAGAGAAAAGAAUUAAACUGUACCUUAAGAAGUGCUCAGCUUAUGGGUGUCAGCCUUGAACCACAGAACAUUUCCAAAUUAGAGCAGUUAGUAAAACCGUCUGAGAGCGGGGAAGUUAUCUUUAAACUGAUAUAUUAUUUCUAAAAGCAGUUCUUUGCCUCAACUGCCCUUGACCCCACUCCCAGAUGUCCUGGCUGGUCCUCCCACAUCCUAUAAAGCUGAGUCUUCAGUUCAGGUUCAGGCCCAUUGCUGCCCCGCUCUACUUCCUCCUCUCUGUCCACCCCUACUACAACUACACCAGGGAUUCAUAGUCAGGGCUGGGCCCAGUGAGCCCUGCAGGUUGCAGUGCCACCUUGAGUUUCCCAGGUCUCUUCUAAUGGCUAAAAUAAGUGUCCUUCGAAAGAAGGUUCUGGAACAGGCCAGUUCUGCCAGUAUUCUUACCAACCAUGCUUUCCUGCCCUGGACUGCUGGACUUCGUACGUCGACGCCCCAUGCAUCAACUCAUCUACAUCCUCCGGGAUUUGGUUCUCAUCCAUGACCACAGAUCGUAGUGAUAUUUGUGUGUAUCCCAGCAAACGUUUGUCAUCAGAUAAGUGUUGGCUUAGCAAACACAUUUGCUUUGCAGGCUGAAUGGAUCAUUGGUUAGCAUUACUUCUUCCACCGAGAGAAAAACAUUUUUCCUCCAGUGGGCGGUCGCCCUGUGCAUUGUUCAACGGUCAGCAACAGGGAAAUUGAGCAAUAACAAGUCAAGACCAAGAGGCCUUGCUGCCCCGGGAGAGAUCAAAUGGGGCAGGAACCACUUCUGCCAGGCCUUGCUUCUGCCCUGCCAUAGCCACCCAGCUAUCUGGGCCGCAAGAUGCCACCUGCAGACUUUCAGGACAAACUGACUUAGGAUCGGGUUUCACCCGAGAUAGAGGAGAUGAGGCAGCAAAGGCCUUGAACCGGGGUAUUGCUGCCGUAAAGGAAGAUGCAGUCGAAAUGCUGGCCAGCUAUGGGCUGGCGUACUCCCUAAUGAAGUUCUUCACAGGGCCCAUGAGCGACUUUAAAAACGUGGGCCUGGUGUUCGUGAACAGCAAGCGGGACAGGACCAAAGCCGUCCUCUGCAUGGUGGUGGCCGGCGCCAUUGCAGCUGUCUUCCACACCCUGAUAGCGUAUAGUGACCUAGGCUACUACAUCAUCAAUAAGCUGCACCACGUGGACGAGUCCGUGGGGAGCAAGACGAGAAGGGCCUUCCUGUACCUCGCUGCCUUCCCCUUCAUGGACGCCAUGGCAUGGACCCAUGCUGGCAUUCUUUUAAAACACAAAUACAGUUUCCUGGUGGGAUGUGCCUCAAUCUCAGAUGUCAUAGCUCAGGUUGUUUUCGUGGCCAUUUUGCUGCACAGUCACCUGGAAUGCAGAGAGCCUCUGCUCAUUCCAAUCCUGUCCUUGUACAUGGGCGCACUCGUCCGCUGCACCACCUUGUGCCUGGGUUACUACAGGAACAUUCACGACAUCAUCCCCGACCGCAGUGGGCCAGAGCUGGGGGGAGAUGCAACAAUCAGAAAGAUGCUGAGCUUCUGGUGGCCUUUGGCCCUCAUCUUGGCUACCCAGAGAAUCAGUAGGCCCAUCGUCAACCUCUUUGUUUCCCGUGAUCUUGGCGGCAGUUCUGCAGCUACGGAGGCGGUGGCGAUUUUGACAGCAACGUAUCCCGUGGGUCACAUGCCAUAUGGCUGGUUGACGGAAAUCCGCGCUGUCUAUCCUGCUUUUGACAAGAACAACCCCAGCAACAAAUUGGUGAGCGCCAGCAACACCGUCACGGCGGCCCACAUCAAGAAGUUCACCUUCGUCUGCAUGGCCUUGUCGCUGACGCUUUGUUUUGUGAUGUUUUGGACCCCCAACGUUUCUGAGAAAAUCUUGAUAGACAUCAUCGGCGUGGACUUUGCCUUCGCGGAACUCUGCGUUGUUCCCUUGAGGAUCUUCUCCUUCUUCCCAGUCCCAGUCACCGUGAGGGCCCAUCUGACCGGGUGGCUGAUGACGUUAAAGAAGACCUUCGUCCUGGCCCCCAGUUCCGUGCUGCGCAUCAUUGUCCUCAUCACCAGCCUCGUGGUGCUGCCGUACCUGGGGGUCCACGGAGCCACUCUGGGCGUGGGCUCUCUCCUCGCGGGGUUCGUCGGCGAAUCCACCAUGGUCGCCAUAGCCGCCUGCUACGUCUAUCGGAAACAGAAAAAGAAGGAGAACGAGUCUGCCACCGAGGGGGAAGACUCCGCCAUGACAGACAUGCCCCCGGCCGAGGAGGUGACGGACAUUGUGGAGAUGCGGGAAGAGAAUCAGUAAGGCCACGGAUGUCGCCGUUCACUUCAGGGACAGCAGGGACAACACUUCAGACUUCAGCACCGUUUCUUCUCCCAUUGUUUCGUUCUUUUCCUUUCCUUUUUUUUUUUUUUUGGAAAUGAAAGAGGCCUUGAUUAAAGGUUUCCUGUAAAUUCUCUAGCAUACUGGGUAUGCUUACGCAGAUGUGGGGCCUAGAGGAAGGUCUCUGCUGUUGCUUUGUAAAAACAGACCAACAAAACGAUUGAAUUCAUUCACCUGCUUCAUGAAAACCCAGAAGACACGGCCGCCUCACAAUAGGAGCUGCCUCCUCCUCCUCCUCCAUUGGACAAUCUGCACACGUAACCAAAGGACUGGGGCUGUGCCACCUCCUUGUGGGCCACCGCUGCCCAGCAGGCCACAGACUCCGUUCUUUCUCCUUUUUCUUAAAAAUCAACAGGCUGAAACCCAGCUGUCUUCAGUUUGCUUGGCAGUAAUAUGGCUGUCCCUGGGUGGCGCAAGUGGUUAAGUGCUGGACUAGUAACCAAAAGGUUGGCGGUUCAAACCCACCCAGAGGUGUUCUGGAAGAAAGGCCUGGCAAUCUGCUUCCCAAAGUUCACAGCGUUGAAACCCCUAUGGAGCAGUUCUACUCUGCACACACGGGGUUGCCAUGAAUCGACUUGACAGCAACCGACGACGACGACAUGGCUGUACAGACAGAUGGGACCCAACAGCCUCUUCUACACCCGUUCAGCCACAGAGCUAUAAACUCCACUGCACAAACAUGAGGGCCGAGCUUCAGGCUGCAGCCAGGAGCCUGCCCACCAAGAAGGGGCGUUGUGAGCAUGCACCGACGCACAGAGACAGCCUCACGUAGGAAGGCCUGAGACGUCAGGGGAGUAUCCGGCUGACAAUUCAACAACAGCAUUUCAUUUUGCGUUUUCCUAGAUUUCAGGUGAGCUGUCAGUUCCCAUUUCCCUCCCCCCACACCAUGUAUAUACAUAAGCUAACCUUUGAAAGUUGUCACUCACUGUGUCUCCAGGCGGUAGCCUCCUUUGGCGUGCCUUUCCCCGAAGGCUGGCUUUUCACUCACCUCCCCUGAAGAUGGCGCCAGCGCAAGUUAAGCGGAGCAUUCUAACUUGACAUUUUAGUUUAAAGUGAACUGAAGCUUUAAGUCAUAAUCUAGCAUUCUAAUGCCGGGCCGCCGCGUUGUAACUUUGGAAGUAGAUGUAUCCCCUGGCUCUGCCGUUCCUAGUCCUAACUCUGCAGACAGACCAUCGGCCCAUAUGCCACGGUACCUCCCUCUCAUGCCACACAAUAAAGGAAGACAUUUUAUAAGCGGUAUCAAAGUCACUAUGUGAUCUUCCCUGAAAGUGAAGCAUCGGAAACCCAUUUAGUGCAGUAUAUUUUUCUAAGUUUUGGAAAGCGGGUUUUUUUCUUUCAAAAUUAUGGACACUGUUCACGAAAUUCUUGAUUUAGUUGAAAUUCCUAGACUGAAAGAACCUAAACGAAAAAAAAAUAUUUUAAAGAUAUAAAUAUAUACUGUAUAUGUUAUGUAAUUUAUUUUAGGCUAUAAUACGUUUCCUAUUUUCACAUUUUCAAUAAAAUGUCUCAAAUACAAUACGGCGGUUGCCUGUGUGCAUACUCAGCCCGCCUGUGGUUGAAACGUGUUUGUAUCAAUGAACACUGUACCUGAUUUGCAACCAUUCCACAAAGCCUGUCAUUUGUGCGUAAAUGUAGAAGGAAAUUACAAGAGAGCUAUUUCUCAUUAUGGGUAACUGGGGUGUCACCGUGAUUCGGAAUUAACUCGACAGCAACUGGUUUGGUUUGCUUUUGGGGGUAUAAAUUAGUUGGCUGGUGUCGAAGAUUGUGGAAAUGGAAAUGUAAGCUGGAAGGGCAAGAAGAAAAAAAAAAGUCAAGCAUUUCGUGUUCCCUGUUUUCAGUGCUGUGUAACCGUAUUAUUCCUCGCAGACAAAAAAUGUAAGGCCAUAAAGUCGACUGUGGAUACCACAGGGUUGCAUCGUGCCUCUGGGUACCCAGUGACUCGUGGGUGUGACUGCCUCGGUUCAUGUCCCUGUGAGUCGCUGCUCACAGUUUUCCUCAAGAUAUAUGAGUGCAAAGUUUGGGGUGGAAUUGGGGGGAAAAAGCAUCUAACUGUAUUGACUUUUUAAAAGUCCACGAGUAGAAAAUUAAACAGCAGUAUUUUCUAACAUGUGUGACUAUUUCAUGCUUAUGGGGUGGGCUCUUAAAGAGCAAAUUGAAAACUUUCCCCCGAAACUGAGGAGAGAUCUACUGGAGACUCUUCAUCCUGCAACCAGAACCUGUAACUGUGGCCGUUGUGUGCUGCUGGGGUUUCUGCGGGCUCAGGGGACAGCACCAGACCCGGCGUGACUGCAGAGCUGAUUUUACAGGACUCGUAUCAAUGAACCUUGCCCCCGGAAGCACACGAUCACGCAUUUCCUGCGCUGGGGCUGCUGAAACCACGAGCUAGCCGACACCUUAAAUUCUAAAGCUGGCAUCCCCUUCUGCACCUGUUGCAGCCAGAAUGCCCUCAUCCAGGAAGGCAGGAAAGUGGGUCUCACCAAGGAUGGGGAUGCAGCUCCUCCCCCUUGUAGAGUAGUUAGGGACCAUCCUUUGACUCAGCUGACCAAAUAAUAUCCCCAGCACGUUUAUUUUUCAUUGCAAGUCGUUUGGCUAUAGAUGUAUCCGGAAGGGUAUGCUGCCUGUGAGGUGCUCACGCUCAGGACCCUGAAGAGAUGCUCUCCGUGUGGAGUGACUGUAGACAAAUGGAACUGAAAAGCGCAAGGGCAGAAAGGCCCUUUCAGCACAGUGCUGAGAAACGAGGUUGGGCAGCUGGAACGUCGCCUCCUGGAGUGCGGGAGUCCUCAGUGCAGCCAUGUCAGAGCUCUCCUCUCACAGGGUCUUUUGGUGUUCAGAAGGGCAUGUGGUAGGUCAAUUCUAAAUGUCCAGUUGCCAUUUGUUCUGCCCCUGCCUAGAGGGGUCUCAGUGGCACUGGGCUGAAUCAGUGAGACCCCCGAGGACUGACCAACAAGAACCAGAUGAGGCUGCCCAGAAGUUCACCAUCAGGCUGGACCUGCAGCCGCGCGUCCCAGGGCGUGCGGUGUCCUUUGCGUGUGGGCAGGAACCCUCACCCAUCUGUGGAUUUUCUGCUGUGGGUAUGGGACACCAGUUGUUUGCAUUGCUGGGCAAAAACCAGCCACGCCCCCACACUGCUUGUGUCGGACUUGUCUUGUGCCAAAGUUACUCUUCUCCUUGUUUUCUUUUUUUAGCAUUAGCAAGUUGGUUUCUCUUUGUAAAUGUCCCUGGCUGGCCGAUACCCUCAGAAACCGAAGCUCUUGAUGUUGGUGGCUUAGGAUAUGUCAGAAUGGGGCACAGUAAAGCUUUGUGACUGCGGUGAGAGCUACUUUAUACCCAGCCCCCCAAGUCCUCACGAUGACCUUGGAGGAGCAGAGGCCCGAUGAGAUCCCCCACUUCCAGUUGCUGGGAGCUCAGCGGUCUUUCCCCCCACACCCCCCCCCCACCAGCCUUUUCCAGAUCUCUUUUAGUUAGAUAAUCAUCAACCAAUAAACCUGUUGCCAUUGAGUCGGUUCUGGUUCAUGAUGACACCAUGUAUGCAGAGUAGAACUGUGCUCCAUAGGGUUCUCAAGGCUGUGGCCUUUCGGAAGCAGAUCACCCCAGGCCUGUCUUCCACGGCACUUGUAGGUGCGUUCGAACCGCAAGCCUUUCAGUUAGUAGUUGAGGGCUUAAUCAACUGCACCACCCAGGGCGUCCUAGAAUAAUAGUUAACAUUUCCCAAGUAUCAGAGAAGUUACUUAAUGUCUCUCUAGAGCAAGAAGUGAGAAAAGUAAAGGGCUUCCUACCCUCAAAACUGUUUCCCCUUUUGUGGUCUUUCCUGCUGCAGGGAGAGGAAGAAUAACUUUUUCCGUAGCCUUGGUUUCUAGAAGACUCCAUAGCGCUCUGGCUGGACUUCUCUCCCCUACUUCACACCCAAGUGGGAGGGAGAGAGUGAAAAUGUGUUGCAAAACAGGAAGUAUUUGUAUGUUGUAGUUAUACCACCUUGAGAAAUACGUUCUUGUAUUUAAAAGUUUUUCUACUUCACUAAGUUUCCCAGCAGGCCAAUGCCCAGGACAGCAUGUGCUGGUCUGUACCCAUUAGCCGUGGUUUCUGGUCUCUUCCUUAGCUGGCAGGCAGAUCUCUCAACCUCAUCAACCAAACCAGGCCACAUAGCAAGGAAGGGUCUUUUAUGUCCUGAUCCUUUUUUUUUUUUUUUAACCAACAUUGCGGUGCAGGACAUGACGAAGGCUCUGUGCACAUGUUAGCCACUUCCUAACACCAUUGCUCCUGCUGCAUUCCGCAGACAGCCACUCUCACCCACGGCCCUCACACUAUUCUUGUGUAAAAAGCACGUGAACCACGAGGAAGCAGGUUUUUGAGCAGUGUGUUUGGUAAACAUUCACCAUACUCCUCCAUGUGGUUCUUUUGAAUCUCUAUUUCGGUCCUUCGAAGCAGCAAAACAUCACGUGACCCGUCAGCUGAUCCAACCGCAGGUAAAACAGGAUGUCAAGAAAACUUUAAGGGCCCAAUUGCCUGCCUUUUUAAAGGCUAGCUGUCCAAAAAUGACCACGCAAAGGGUCAGAAUGAGAUAGAUGUUAUUAUGUUAUCAAAACAAUCCUAACUCCCACUCACAAGUCAGAAAAGGUCUAAGAAGUUAUGUGGCUUCCUGUCUGAUCGCAAAAUGGAACAUUAGUGAAGGGAAGAUGGUGAGACCUUGUUUUAGGGUAGACUUCAUUCUCUUCUGUAAGAGAGGAGGUUAGAGCUAUUAGCCCUAACAGCUCCCCAAGCACGGAGCCCCGCAGGCGUGGUGGUUAAUCGCUCAGCUGCUAACAGAAAAAGGUCCAUAGUUUGAACCCACCAGCCACUCCUCAGGAGAAGAAUGUGGCAGUCUGCUUCCAUAGAGAUUACAGCCUUGGAAACCCUAUGGAGCAGUUCUACUCUGUCCUACAGGGUCACCAUGAGUCGGAAUCAACUUGAUGGCAACAGGUUUUAAGCACAGCACCAAAGGUGAGCCUCCCAAAUCAUUAAAAAAUACAAGUUACCAAGCCCAAGUGGUUCUAGGAGAAUGAUAGCCUUCAAAACCUUCAAAACUAUUUACCUUAUUGGUAAUUUUCCCCUCGGCUUCAUUUGCAGUCAACCAGGGUCUCUAAAGACUGCUAAGAUAUAUAUGCAUUUUUACAGAGAGCUGUCAGCUACACACACAUUCAGUUUUUCCUAUGAUAGCCCUUUUUAAGUUAGGUCUUGUAACUCCAAGUGCCCUUUACCAACAAGACUUAACAUCAGCUUCUACGAUAGACAUAUUUAAACAAAAGCGCACAAGAACUAGGAACCGUCUCUCGCCCGAAAUAGAAGUGGUUUCUUAAGAAGAUUAAAGAAGCAGGGAGAUGGGGGUAGACCAGGUAAAAGCGCUUCUACUGGUCACUGUACAACUUUGUGGGGAUUCAGUGGAAUGGAGGUAGGUCUUCACCCGAAGGUAUAGAAGCAGAUGUUCCCUAACUUGAAUCGGAACAAGAAAUGGUGCCUUUGCAGCUUGGAGACAUGACAACCAGGCAGACCGCUGGUUCCCUGGAGGUGGGGCCGUGAGUAUGCAGGACCCACGGUUUGAAUGAGCCUCUACUGAAGGCAAAGUUCAGACCUCCCUCAUGUGACAAAGGAGGACAGGGUACACAUCACACGCCAGUCACCCACCAUCCCAUAGCGUCAGCUACGUCACCAUGAAGCAGCCCAUUCAUUACCCAGCGGCGCUGCGUGCAUACCCCAGGCGUACGGGGGUCAAUAGGUUGCUCCUUGGACUCAGUGGUAUAUUUUGGUUCUCUUGGUGAGGUACCGAUAAGGCAAGUAUCUCGAGCUGCUGUGACCAAGGACCUCGUCAUGGAACUUCAGAAAACUGGACCCAGCGACAUGCGCGAGAGGUUCUGCUCCACACAGCAAGCCCCCGCUCAGUCAUUGAGGAGCGCUUCUAAGCUGGAGGCCUUGGGUCCAUGGCGUGACCUCCCACAAGUUGCCCCUCUCCGGCUGCACCUUGUCCAUCCAUCCAGUGACAGGUGGAGGCCAUUAUUGUGAGUCUCUUUCCUGUUCUACCGCUCUAUGGACGACCCAGGUUUGAGAUCACGGUACAGGAUCCUACAGUGGAAAAGUAAGAUUACCUCAUUUCUCCAGUUCAGGUCUGAACCUUAGCAAAGAUCCAGAUUUUUCUUUUUUUUU